CCGAAUUGUUCCAGUGGGAAGAAGUAGCAUGCUAACCAAAAUGUUUCAAUGGGGAUUUUGCUGAAUUAUUCACAAUUGGUCCAAAAAUUUUACAUCAGCAGUGUGUGGUAUUUGUUUUGAUUUUUUAAGCAAAUUUAAAGUGAAGAACAUUAACAAGAAGCAUUAGGAUAAGUCAACGACGCAAAAGUGAAAAUGGCAUAUGGGCGUAGCGCCAGAAAGCGCAACGGUAGUGGUGGUAUACAUGCUACAGCCAACUCCAAAGCAAGCCAGGUGAUGCCGCAUGAUGAAUAUAUCGAUCGUAUACGGAAAUCCCUUUAUUUUGGUGACGAUGCACUUGUUGAUGAAAUGGAAAUGUCAUGCCCCCUCGCAGAUUAUGCGUCCGAAUUGUUUUCUGCACCGCAUAAAGGUCACUCAUUGAAACGAUUGAGUAGAGUAGCGACUAGUAAUGUACAUGCCUCACCUUGCUCUCUUAUCAUGGCACUUAUUUAUUUGGAUCGUCUGAAUGUGACAGAUCCCAUGUAUGUACUACGCAUAACUCCACAGGAACUUUUCAUUGUAUCCAUGAUGAUAUCAACAAAAUUCUACGCUGGCCAUGAUGAAGAGAUUUAUAUGAGCGAUUGGGCUGAGAAUGGGCACAUAACUGAGAAAAGACUGAAGAAAUUAGAAUUGGAGUUUUUGUGCGCUAUAGAAUGGAAUAUUUACAUAUCAAAUGAGGAGUUUUUCCAUAAGCUGAGUAGUAUAGAGAAACAACUCGCUAGGCGUGAGGGCUUACGACGUGGUUGGCUUACUUACACUGAGUUGAGGCAAAUGUUACCCUCCUUUGCAUUAGCGAAGUUCAUACUGCAUAAUUUUGUUGUCAUGGCAGUUAGUUAUGCCGCAAGUGUGAUUACAAUAGCUGGUGCCUUUUUUUUGGCCAGCCAAAUACCUGGCACUUCGCUACAUCGCAAAGCUAUGUCAACCGCUAUAAAUGGCAACAUUGUAAUUCAGUCACCAACACCACCAGCACCGGCUGAUAUUUAUCCAGCUGCGCAAUUGAAUGCUCACCAACGCUUUAGACGUUCUAAUAAAAGUGAAACAGCAAAACCACCACAAACUGUAGCCAUCGAUGAUGAAGAUGUAUAUAAUGCUACUUGCACAGCUUUAAAUGUGGAGGCAGAACUUUUGAAACUGGAUUGUCAGUAUAGAGAGGAAGCACAACGUGAAGCUGAACGUCAACGUCAACGUCAACGUCAACAUGAAACUGAUAGCGUUACACACUUGACAUUGCCAGAUGGCACACAACGUUUCGUGAGUGUCAACAAGAAAUCCUGGAAUGCUUGGUACACUACGGCUUUUGGUAAUUGGUUUGCACUUAAGGAAGAGUAUUCGGAUGAAAAUUUUGGCGGAUGGCUGCAUUCCCUAGACAAAUUUAAUGUACCGUUAUCGAGAGAAUAUGUACCCGCAACACGUGACAAAAAGACACAAGAAAGAGAUUUUAACGAUGGACAAGACUGGAAUUUGGGAAACUAUUCAACUUCUAUGAUUUGGCAGCUCUUCUCUGACACCGCCCAACACUCUUUUGUGCGCUUGCCUCUAGCCUGGUUUAAAUUUAUUUAGUAUGCGAUAGAAUACUACCGGAAAAUUCGUUGGUUGCGCACAUAGUAAUUAGAUAUAAAAAUAUCCCGAGAAAAGGGUAUAUUUUCAAGAUUUGCUUCGAUUACUUUUUUCUUAAUAUAUAGAUACGAAAUUUAUAAAAUAUGAAUUCAACCGUUAUUUAACAUUUUCAAUUAUUUUAAUUUGAAUUACAUUUAUAUAUACUAACAUUUUAGGAGAUUCAUUCAUUUAUUCCAGUUGAUAUACUUACUACAAAAUCUCAUAAAUACUUUUGCAAAGGAAUUAUUAUUUUCAUAUUAAAUAUUCUCACUUUAACAACAUUCUUUUCAAGCAAUUUCAAUUUGAAGCCAUUUUCUUCAAAAAAAAAGGUACCUAUAUAUUUUAAUUACGUUACUAAAAUAAAAGUAAAACACUAGUAAAACAAACUGAAGAAACUUUUCAGUAAUAAAAACAUAAUCAAGAAUUUUUAAUCAAAGUAUGUGUGAAACUUGCAACGCUUACUAAUUGAAAAACUAUUAGCUUUUAUUUAUUAAUAGAAAUGUAAAAUGUCUACCUUUAACACAUAAAUAAAUUGCACAAAACCUUUUUAAAUAGCUUCUA